AUGCAACGAACGUAUGCAGUAGGGAUGUCAUUAUCCGAUGCAAACAAGCGGAAUGAUGCUAUUUGGAUUGAAAUCAAGUCACUAAAAUGGCUCUUUGCCCUCAAAUAUGAUGGAAACGGGAACCUCACGAGAUUAAAAGCCCAACCUGUUGCGUCAGUAUCUACAAGCAUCGGUCUUGGUAACACUACAGCCCACUCACCCGUUGCGAGUCACAACACUAUCCCUAACUCAAGGAUGACGAAUACACGGACGAUUGAAGUGGUCACCAACUAUGUGGUUCGAGAUCAUUCAUCGACUACGAUAAAUGAUGAUGACCAAGCUUCGGUAUCGGUUGUAGUCAACGUUGAUGAUUUUUUGGCUAGAAGCAAGUCAAGCGACCAAGUCAAAUUUUUCACGAUAGGGCGUUUUGGCCAAGUCGAUGUUGAUCCAGUUUGUAACGCGCAUGUGGUGAGUGAAGAUCUCGCACUGAACAAAACGGAUGUGUGUCGUGACGUCUAUCCUUCUAUGGUACGUAGACCAGCCUCAGGCGAUGCAUCAAAACGUUGCGAUCCAUUUACCUGA